GCUGUUGAGACGUGACCAUCUGACCAUCUGACCAUCCAUCCAUCCAUCCAGCCAUCCAUCCAGCCAUCCCUCAUUUAGUGCACAAUGUGCCUUUCCUUGACGUGUGUGAGUCUGUCCGUUCCUUGAAACGCCAUCGACUGUGUCCGCCCACUCCAUCCCUCUCUCCCCCCGUCAGUCGGUCAGCCAGCCGGUGUCCACUUCACUCACUACCAGAAAUCAACAAAUCAACCGUCCACUCGAUCACAGCAGGCAGUCGGGACGUACGUGAGCAGCCAUCCAUCCACAGCCAUCAGCCAGCCAUGCAGUAGCGAGACAGCCUCUACAGCGGACAGCCAGCCAGCCAGCCAGCCAGCCAGAUGGAUCUUACAUCCUCCUCGUGUAUCUAUCGUCUGCAGCCACCUCCCCCCACACCCUUCCCCUCUGCUGAACCGUCUGUCUGUCUGUCUGUCUGGUGGUGGCUUGAGGGGUAGGAGGCCCUAGGGGGUGGGAGGUGGGAGGGGCCACGAGGGACCGACCGGACCAUUGACACACUCUCACACAACAUCCAUCCAUCCAUCCAUUCAUUCGAACGAGGAGCAGCCAGCCAUAAGGUACACACACACGCAUGCAAGAAAACGCAAAUAACGAACAAACAGACAAAAAAGAACCGCCAUGGUGACCACCACCCCCCGCAGCACCCCACCAGUGAGUGCCCCUACCAACACACGACCAACCAGCAUGGUUCGAAGCUGUGCCUGGUCGUCUGUCUACUGGUUGGGCGGCUGUUGCUGCUGCUGGUGUUGCUGGUGCUGCUGGUGUGGGUGUGGGUGAGGGUGCUGCUGUGGCGGUGUGUGUGCCAUGGGCGGGGGCUGCUGGAUGCCCUGCUGCUGCUGCAUGGCCUGAUGCAGGGCUGGGUGCUGGUGUAGGUCCUUGACCAACACAUACUUGCCGGUGGCGGGGUCGGUCACCACGUGCUGCUGCUUCUUGACCAGGUUGACGAACUUGUCCUUCAAAUCAACGUACGUGCGGGUCGACAGGAACUCAUAUGCCUGUUGGCAACACAUCAACACAUCCAUCCACAAGGAUGAGCAGAGAGGGAGGGAGGGAGGGAAAGGGGCAACUUACGCCGAGUAUCUUGCGCCAGUUGCCAGCACCGAAACGAUUCAGACCCUCUAUCAAGUUUCGGACCUGCACACACACACACACACACACACAAGGCACACCAUCCACGCAGCCCGUCUGUGUAUGUGUGUGGUGUGUCUGUGUCUGUGUGAGGCGUACCUCCCAGUCUGUCCACAUCUGCCGCUGGCGUCGCUGGGUCUGCUCCUUCUGCGGCCGCGGCGGACGGAUGGGCGAACCACCCGGACGCACACCAGACGCCGGCGCGGGGGCCAAACCUGAGAAGAAGGAAAGGAAAACAAGAGACCACAACACACACACACAAGGGUGUGGCUGAUGGUGUUGUGUUGUGUUCCCUCCCCUCCCCUCCCCUCCCUCUCGCCGCACCUGGCACCCCCGGCAGGCCCGGGUGCAUAUGCAUCUGCAUACCGCUGAGGGCGUAGUGGUGCUGCAUCUGCAUCUGCAUGGGCAUCUGCAUCUGCAUGGCCACCCCCAUGUGCUGGGGGUGCUGCUGCUGCAUGGCCGCCGCCGCCUGCUGGUGGGUGUAGUGCGGGGCAACCACGUGGCCCAGCUGCUGCUGCUGCUGCUGUAGGUGCGCCGCCUGCAUCCCGUGUGCCAGACGGCUUGCGCCCAUCAGGUCGUCCUCGCCAGGCCCGGGAGUGCUCUCAUACCAACUGACCCAGCAGACACAUGCGAACGAGACGACGUGUGAGGUGUGGCGAGGGCAUGUGUGUGUGUGUGUGUGUAUGAGUGUGUGUGUCUUCCGUACCGCGCCUGCCGGCCCUGCGAGUCAGGCUCCAGUAGCGAUUUCUUGUACGGGAAACGACGCACACGCACCUGCCAACACACCCACAUCACCUCAAAUCAACCAUGUGGGUCGAGCGCCUCUCUCUCCCUCUCUCUCUGUGUGUGUGUGUGUGCAGGUACACUGAGAUCCUCGUUAGGGUCAUAUUCCUCCUCAUCCUCAUCAUGCCCACGCCGACGCUUCCCACCACUGCCCCCCACACCCGCAGCAGCGGCUGCUGCUGCAGCCGCUGACCAACCAACACACACAUACAAACAGAGCGACACACAUACACAGGGACACGUGUGAAAUAUUCACUCUCUGUACCUGAAGCUGCAGCAGCAGCAGCAGCGGCAGCAGCAGGAGCUGCGGCCUUGGUCUUGGGUGCGACGGGCUGUGGGUGCAGGGCGGGGUGGUGCAAGAAGGCCGGCAUGGCGCCUGAAGCACCGGCCAUGCCCAUGCCCAUACCCAUGCCCAUGCCGCCGCCACCACGCGGCAGGGCCUCACGCAUCUUCUCCAGGAUGUUCCGGACGCCGUCACGCUCAGCGACGCUGACACACACACACACACACACAGAGAGGGGUGAGGGAGAGAGGUGGUUGGUCGCUCACUUGUAGACCGCCCGGGCCUCCUUCUCGUCAACUGCAUUGAGGCCGAAGAGGUUAGACACAGAGAGAGCAAAUGAGAGGCCAGCCUGCCUGUGUGGAAAAGGACUCGGGGCGGGGGGGAGGGAGGUCACUCACCUUUGUCUUUGAGCUCGGGUCGUUUGCAGUCGAGUGCUAGGAAGAAGGGCUCCGCGUGGAUCUUCUGCUUCGGCUUCUUCUUGGACAGCCGGUCGCGCAACACGUCAGGACUACGACCCCCUGCACCGCCACCACCGCCCCCGCCGCCAUACUGACACCACACACACACACACACACAAAAACAGAGGCAGAUGACGAGAGUUGCUGGCUCGGCUCGGCUCGGCCCGGCUCGGUUUACCUGUCCCUCCUCGCCCUCUCCCUCUCCUUCGCCCCCCUCCUGGAAACCCUCGCCACCAACGCCACCAGCACCACCACCACGGAUGCCCAGGCCCCCUCCCGCCCCCCUGGAGCCCUUCUGCUUCUGCUUCUUGGCACCGCCCGCGGCUUCCUUCUCGCCACCGCCGCCGUGCAUCAUCUGCUGGAACUGCAGCUGUGCGUGUGGGUGUGGGUGUCCGGGCUGGUAGGCGUAGGGGUAGGGGUAGGGUGGCGGGGAGGGGUCUGGGUCGUUGAGUGGCAGGCCGGCGCCGCCACCGUUCUGCUGCUGGUGCUGCUGGUGCUGCUGGUGCUGCUGGUGGUGGAGGCUCUUGCGACGGCGGUCGACCUCUGCUGAGAUGGCCUGCGCCACGCCCUGACAGACAAGCAGAGAGAGAGAGAGAGGGAGAGAUCACACAGACACAUGAUGGUGUGCGUGUGUGUGGAAAGGGAGAUGGGUGUCGGUUACGUCGUAGUGGCCGUCGUUGAACACCUGCAGGACAGGCAGCAGAGGUGGAGCGUAUGGUGUGUGUGGGUAUGGGUGUGUGUGGGCAUGGGUGUGAGUGUGUGUGGGUGGCGACGUACUUUGCCGAGUGGCGAUUCGAUACGCUGAUUCAACGUCUGCAGGAAGGCGCGGCACGCCUCGCGCCACAUCUGACACACACACAGACAGGGAGAGGGAGAGGGAGAGGGAGAGGAAGUGGCAUCUUGUGCGCCAUCCAAGUGUGUGUGCCCACCUGUUCGCAUUCGACGUAGGUGUGGUUGACCUGCUCCUGAUGCUGCACCGCGUCGACGCCGUUGGGAGGCACCAGAACAGACAGCCGCUUAUACCUGCAGCCACCCACACAUCCCCCAACACACACACACACACACACACACACAAUUGUGGUCAACACGACUGGCGUCACACGUGUGUUCCCUCGCUGACCAUUCGUCCCUCUCGGCCUGGUCGUCGAAGGUGCGCUGGAUGCUGGCCUUGAGGUCCUUGUCAGUCAGCUUGCCGGUCGUCGCGCCCUCCGCAAACUCCUGCAACAUUCCCUGCACCACACACAGCCUUUUUCAGGCACCACACCGUGCCAUCACACCUUCCCCGAGACCAAAACCCACCCACCACACUGCAAAGACGUACCACCAUCUUAUAGCACCCCAAGAAGGGCUUGUACGUGUCUCCCAUCCCGGGCUUGCCCGCCACGUGUUUGGCGAGCAUCUGCGCCAGCUGCACCUUCUCUCCCAUGGUCCCCCUGCCCCAGAGACACAAGACACAUCACACACACACCCAGCCACAGGGUAAGGGUAUGGGUAUGGGUAUGGAGCCCUGUGGGUGUGGGUAAGGGUUUGGCAUGCAAGGAAAUCGGUCGUCGCUCACUCUGAGUCAGGCGCCAGCUUGUAGAGCACCCAUCGGUUCUCCAGCGCCCCAGCCGUCACGCUGCCGUGCAUCAGCUCAUGAGGCGAACCUGCAUGCCGUCAAAACACCGUCACACACAUCCCGCCCUCCCCCCUCUGUCCCUCUCACUGGCAAUGAUGCUCUCGGCCACUUUGCGGUCUUCCGACAGCUCGUUGCCGUACGCACCGACGUAGAACGAGUCCUCCUUGAGCACCUCGUUCAACGCCCACUCGAGCAGCGCCGUGGCUGGCGGGCUCAGCUGGCUCGCCGCACUGCUCUUGGCCUUCUCGCCCUCCUGCUGGCCUCUCGCGGUGUCGAUGCGCGCUCCUUCCAACUCCAUUCGAUCCAACUCGCGAAACUUAGACAAUUGACGACAAAGCACGCCUCACGUGGUCAUGCUGAGGGCGCACACACGCGCCUCGGUGGCUGCGGUGGUCCUCGUGCC